UACAAUUUCGAAUUUUAUUGCAUAACCAGAUUGACAUUAUUAUUGACACCGUUGACAGUAAAUAUAACCUUAAAGUUGCAAACACCACACAAAAACAGUCCUAGCGUGAUUUAAUCAAAAAUUAAUUAAAAAAGCGUGAAUACGAUGGAAGCGGACGAUGAACCUGCCAUGAAAAAGCCCAAGUUCGAGGAGCCCCAAGCCAAAUCAAACUCCUCACAACCCGAAAUUGAGCCCCCUUCUGACAAUUCGGACCGGAAAGGUGGGAAGCCCCAAACGCAUCGACUGUGCCCCUAUUUGGACACAAUCAACCGGCAAUAUCUCGACUUUGAUUUCGAAAAAUUGUGCUCAGUGUCGUUGACUCGCAUCAACGUUUAUGCCUGUCUUGUUUGCGGAAAAUAUUUCCAAGGUAGAGGCACAAACACACAUGCUUAUACGCAUUCGGUGGCCGAAGGCCACCACGUUUUCCUCAACUUGCACACCUUGAAGUUUUACUGCUUGCCCGACAAUUAUGAAAUAAUAGAUUCGUCCCUCGACGACAUUAAAUACCUGCUCAACCCCACAUUUACCGAACAACACAUCAGUACAUUGGACGUUAGCACAAAAAUGUCCCGAGCAAUUGAUGGCCUACUUUACAUGCCAGGAAUCGUCGGUUUAAACAACAUAAAAGCGAACGAUUACUGUAAUGUUGUUUUACAAGCCCUUUCACGUGUUGUCCCUUUACGUAAUUACUUCCUCCGUGAGGAGAACUACAGCAAGAUAAAACGCCCCCCAGGUGACUCCUCUUACCUCCUGGUGCAACGUUACGGUGAACUGAUGCGUAAAUUAUGGAACCCCCGAAAUUUCAAAGCCCACGUUUCGCCGCACGAAAUGCUCCAAGCUGUGGUUUUGUGGAGCAAAAAGCGCUUCCAAAUUACGGCACAAGGCGACCCCAUUGAUUUCCUUUCGUGGUUUUUGAACGCACUUCAUCGGGCACUUAACGGCAAUAAAAAGAAAAACAGUUCCAUCAUUUACCAGUCAUUCCUCGGAAACAUGAAAAUUUACACCAGGAAAAUACCACCGACCGAGCUUGACGACAGACAGAAACGCAUGCUUUUGUCAACUCCAGAGUACCAGGAGAUCAUCACCGAGUCACCCUUCUUGUACCUCACCUGCGACUUGCCUCCACCGCCUCUCUUCAUCGACGAGUUCCGGGAGAAUAUCAUCCCCCAGGUGAACUUGUACCAGCUCCUCACCAAGUUCAACGGACAGACCGAGAAGGAGUACAAGACUUACAAGGAGAAUUUCCUCAAGAAGUUUGAGAUUACGCGUUUGCCGCCUUAUUUAAUCUUGUAUAUUAAGAGGUUUACGAAGAACACGUUCUACGUGGAGAAGAAUCCAACCAUUGUGAAUUUUCCGGUUAGGAAUGUUGAUUUUGGCGAGUUUUUGACGCCCGAAGUUAAGGCCAAACAUAAACAUACGGUCUAUGAUCUAGUGGCGAAUAUUGUGCAUGAUGGAGAGCCGGGGAAAGGCACUUACAGGGUUCAUAUUUUGCAAAAAUCAACGGGCAAGUGGUACGAGAUGCAGGACUUGCAUGUGACGGAUAUUUUGCCGCAGAUGAUUACGCUGACGGAGGCUUAUAUACAAAUUUAUGAGCUAAGAUUAGAAAAGUAAUUUUUUACGAAUAAAAUUCUAUCACCGGAA